AUGGACAUCAUUUGCGACAUCAUAUUUGGCCAGCUAGCAGAGUCUUCGCAAACAAGUGGUUGUGAUUCAUCUGCUGAGUUCCGUAGAGACUAUGAUCAAGCUCAGGCCGGCGCACUCCACAUGAUCAAAUGGGGGCGUCUCACGUAUUUGAGCUCCUCGCAGAAAUUUCGGGUAUUGUCUGCUACGACCAAAAGCCGUGCCUUUGUGAAGAGGCUCGCGCAGAACGCUCUGAGCACACACGAAGCCGAAGGGAUGGACAAGCCAUUACCAGACUCUCUCUUAAAACAGCUAAUCAGUGAUACUUUUGAUGAAAGCGAACUAGUCGAUCAACUGUUUAGUGUGCUCGUGAGAGGAAGAGAUACCACGGCGUCCCUUCUCAGUAUUCAGUUUCAUAUACUAGCUCGUCGCCCAGACAUUUGGGCGAAGCUAAGAGACGAUGUAGCAGCCCUUGACGGAAAGCCGCCGUCCAUACAAGAGAUAAAAAGACUGAAAUAUGUCUCAUCAGUUGUCAAGGAAUCUCUCAGGCUCUAUCCCGCAGUUCCAAGAAGCGCCAGAGUCGCCGUCAAGGAUACCCUUCUACCCACUGGUGGUGGAAGGGACGGAAACAGUCCUAUCUUGGUAGCCAAAGGCCAGACAGUCGUUCUUGACCUAUUCAGUCUACACCGAAACAAAGACACCUUUGGAGAUGAUGCUGAGGAGUUCAGACCAGUGAGAUGGGAAGGCAUUAGACCCGGUUGGGGAUAUAUUCCUUUUGGUGGCGGUCCUCGCUUGUGUAUAGGCCAACGGAUGGGCUUUAUGCAGGCAACGUAUACGACAGUGCGAAUGGUAUAA